AUUAUUAUCAAAAAGUAAAAAAGUUUAGCAUUGAUUAAUGUUUCAGUCGCCCACCAAUCUCCCUGUGUAAUUCUCCAUUACAAAUUCAACAUGAUGCAGGCUUGUUAGACUAUUCUUCAGUUCCACAUGGUUUACUAAAAACCAACAUAUUAUAUAUUCACCCAUCGAGAAAACAUAUUCUCUGUAAUCUAAUAUUUGGCCAUGGAUUCUUUGUCUCUUAUUUCUCUUUUAACCCUCUGUUUAUUUUGCUGUAGUUUCUUGAUUCAAGCUCAGCAGCCUUAUGUCGGACGAAAGACAACAGAUUGUGAAAAUCCAGACACUUCGGAUUCUGUUCUUGGAUACAACUGUAAUGGCGUAAGCAUGAGUUGCCAAAGUUACCUGGUUUUCAGAUCCCAACCCUUGUUUAACAACGUUACAUCAAUCUCCAAUCUCUUAUCUUCUGAUCCAUCUCAAGUCGCCACCAUAAAUGAAGUUUCUGAGACAGCAACAUUCCGAACAAACCAGAUGGUUAUAGUUCCAGUCAACUGUUCAUGUUCUGGUGACCAUUAUCAGAAGAACACAAGCUACACGGUUGGGGGUGGAGAAGGGUAUUUUUUGAUUGCAAAUAACACUUUUCAAGCGCUUUCAACUUGUCAAGCUAUACAAAAUCAGCAGCCUGGGAUUUCAACUCGAAAUUUGACCGCUGGAAUGAGGAUUACAGUUCCUCUUAGAUGUGCUUGUCCUACAAAGAAUCAAACUGAUGUUGGAAUUAACUAUUUGUUGAGUUAUCCAAUUGCUGAAGGUGAUACUAUUCAAGGUAUUAGUGAAUUGUUUGGGGCGGAUCCUGAGAGGACCCUUGAAGCUAAUCAGCUUCCUGAUCUCCGUUCCACCAUUUUUUUCUUCACUUCACUUUUGGUUCCCCUCCGGGAUCCACCGUCUAGAGUCACAGCACCUUCUCCGCCUCCGCCGCGGGCUUCACCACCACCACCAAAUUCUCCCCCGGGUGGAAGCUCAAACAGAACAUGGAUUUAUAUACUCGUUGGUGUUCUUGGGGGAGUUGGUCUCAUAUCGGUUGUUUGCAUGGUGAUUUUCUGUAUGUUCUUCCGUAAAACAAAGAAGAAAACAGAUCCGAUCAUUAGCUCGGAAAGCUUAGAGGCUUAUGAAAAACCAUUGGAGAAAAGCUUGGAUGAUGGAUCUCAGGACUUCAUAGAUAGCAUGUCAAGUAUAGCUCAAUCGAUCAAUCUCAAAAUCUACAAAUUCGAAGAAUUACAGGUUGCAACAGAUGACUUCAGCACCAGCAAUCAUAUUAAAGGAUCGGUUUACCGUGGUGUGAUCAAUGGUGAUUUUGCAGCCAUCAAGAAAGUUCAUGGAGAUGUCUCAAAGGAGAUACAAAUUUUAAACAAGGUCUACCAUUCAAAUCUUAUUCGCCUUUCCGGAGUUUGCAUCAACCAGGGGAACUGGUACCUGGUUUACGAGUACGCUGCCAACGGUGCAUUGAGCGACUGGAUCUUUAACAGAGACGACAAUGGGAAAUACUUUAGUUGGAAAGACCAAAUUCAGGUUGCAUUAGAUGUAGCAACAGGACUUAACUACCUGCAUAGCUUCACCAAUCCUCCUCAUGUCCACAAGGACUUAAAAACCAGUAAUGUUCUUCUUGAUGGUGAUUUCAGGGCUAAGAUUACCAACUUUGCUCUGGCGAGGUCGACCGGAGGAGGAGAGGGCGAAUUUGCAUUGACAAAGCACAUUGUUGGAACAAAAGGCUAUAUGGCUCCUGAGUAUUUGGAAAAUGGUCUGGUCUCCACAAAGCUUGAUGUUUAUGCAUUCGGGGUUCUCUUGCUCGAAGUGAUAACGGGAAAAGAGGUGACCGCAUUCUAUAGCGAUGAACAUAUGAACUUAUCAGACAUAUUAAGCAAUGUGGUUGACAAUGGAAGGGAGGGUUUGAAGGACUUGAUUGAGCCCUCCAUGCUAGAGAAUUAUCCUUCAGAACUUGUUCUAGUUGUCGUCCAAUUGAUAAAUAGUUGCUUGAAGCAGAAUCCAACAGUUCGACCUGCUAUGGAUGAGAUCGUGAAGUCGUUGUCCAGAAUUCAGACUGCUUCAUCGGCGUUGGAUUCAUGAAGCAACAUGUCAUGGUCUCAAGCAUCUACUGGGAGCUAUUGAUGACACUGUGACUGAAAGCGAACAUCGAGUUGGUUUACUGAGCUUUUUAGCUUUUAUUUAUUCAUCAAAUGUUUGCAUGUUUCCAUAGGCCCCUCUUGAGUUAAUUCAUAUCUUCAAUGGCUGCAGUUGCAGUUUUUUGUUUU